GCCGAGCCGCUGCCUGUCUGACGAUGGUUCACCGUGAAGACGGAUGGUCAGGGCCGUCCCCGUCUAACCUGAACAUGCAAGUGUAACCCGACUCAUCCUCCGGUUAUAGUGCUUCUCCAGGUUACACGCUUGUUCCGUCUGAGCGGGUCACAUCACCCCUCCGUUUUUUUUCUUUUUAUUUAAAUGAUGGAGGACGAAUGUGUUUGUGAUUACGACUCGACCUGGGACACCGAGAGUGAUGGAGACGACCCGGCCGGAGAGAGCCAUAACCGGCGCUGCAGUCAAGACAAAAACAAAUCCAGCUGGGGUUUAUGGCAUCACACGCCCAGAAACAUGAGGGCAGCGAAGGACAUGCAGAACUACAGGAGAGGAUACCCAAACCUCACAGAUGACGAGUGCUCAGAGGACAAAAUGAAUAAUUUGCAGUUUUAUCUCAAUAAAUUUCCCUCUGCUCCUGAUGAUGUCUACAUCGAGUCGUUUCUGAAAGAUUGGAGGAACGACUACAAAAGACUUGAGAGAGUUCACUCCUACAUUCAGUGGCUUUUUCCACUGCGAGAGCCCGGGGUUAAUUACAUGGCUUCAGAACUCACCAAGAAGGAAAUUGAGGCCUUCAAGCAGAGUGAAGAUGCCAAAAGGAGGCUCGUGGAGUCCUACGAGCUCAUGCUGGGUUUCUAUGGCAUCUGUUUAGUCAACAAAGAGAAGGGUGAGGUGAAGCGCGCGGAAAACUGGAAGGAGCGUUUCGGAAACCUCGAGCGGAAUAUGCACAACAACCUGCGGAUUACUCGCAUCCUGAAGAGCCUGGGCGAGCUGGGCUUCCAGCACUACCAGGCCCCGCUCGUGCGCUUCUUCCUGGAGGAGACUCUGGUCAGGAAGACCCUGAGCAGCGUGAAGCGCAGCGUGCUCGACUACUUCCUGUUCGCCGUCCGGGACAAGCACGAACGGCAGGAGCUGGUGCGCUUCGCCUACCUGCACUUUGAGCCAAAGGACAAGUUCGUGUGGUGUCCGAAAAAGAUUCAGAAACAAUUCAAGAAGGCAGAGAAGAAAUCAGACGCUGUUGGGAACGGAGAGGAAGUCAAUUCGAGAGGGAAGAACAAAGACGGCGCUCAUCAGAAGGAGGACGGACUUGAUAACGCCGCAAAGACUCAGAAAAGGACUGACAAGACUCCAACUAAGGACAGGAAGCUGUCCGGAACGUCGCCCGAGCCAAAAGCAGACGCCGAGGCUGUGGAAAACGGAGUCGUGGAGGUCGAUUCUAACGACGAGGCUGUGGGGAACGGGAACGACUCCACAGACGACGCCACUGAGAUGGAUCAGUCGGCCAGUCCCGAAACUGUGGCGAGCAAAACUGAGCCCAGCGCGGACGCCAAGCAGAAGCCCGACGACGACUCGAAGAACUCCGCACAAGAAGCCGACAACAAUAUGCAAACGGACGGGGACGCCGAGAUCGAAAAACCGCCCAAGAAGAAGAGAGAAGACACCGAGGCGCUGCCCAGCAACGGCUCCGGCGGGCCGACGGAGGAAAAAGCCGGCGGUCAGACGAGCCCAUCGGCGCACACUCCUCUAAAGACUUCCAAACACUCGCCCUCCCCGUCGUCAGAGAGGGAGGAGAAAAUCCCACGGACUGAUUUCAAUCAAGUGCCAGAAAAAAGGGAGGACGAGGAAACGACAGUGGAGGAUCUUCCCGCGGCAAACGGGCCACUGAUGAAAAGUGAGAAUGGUGCAGCGGAGCAGACCAACGGGAGCCAGGCGGAGGACAUGGAUAUGGAAUCGAACCUUUUGAACGCCGACCUAUCUGUGGAAGACUCGUGAAUGAACUGAGUGCUGUAGGAGACAAUACAUUUGAACUGCAACUAAAUGUAAUAUAGGGAAAGAGUCCAACUUAAAGACUUUUUAGGCCUUAUUUCUACUAUAUUUGAUGUUAAGAUAAUGAUUAUUUUUACGUUUGAAGGACUAUACAGUUUAAAAUGAGCAGUUCAUUUUUAACGGGAGACCUUAUGCGUCCCUCGCUGUUUGGCCACCAGACGAUAUUAAGAGGUAAGACUUGUGCUGUUCAAGAUUUAUUUUGUUUUCUUUAACAAAUCCAGACGUGUUGAGAAGAAGCAGUUUAUUUGAGCUGAUCAUACUUUAAAGCAGUCAGAGGUUCCCGGGCUCUGAAGGUCUUCUCUAGCUAUGGAGUCGAUUGUAAUGAAUUAACAAGACACUUUGCAAACAUAGUUCUGCGUCCAGGAUUGGAUCAGUGUAGUUUGACGAGAGCGUUCCCCUCCCUCCCACCCCCACCCCCACCCCCACCCCCACCUCUUUCUCAAAGAGAGGAAAUAUAGUGACACUAGGUGACUUUUCCCCUUGCUUUAUGAGCUUUUUAAGGGCAUUACUGAAGCGGGAUAGACUUUUAAAUCCCCCCAGUGAUUGACGUGACCAAACGUUCAAACGGCCUGAAAGCAGGAAAGCUUUCAUCAACUCUUUCCUCUCCCGAUUUAUUUAUUUUUUAUUGACGGUUCAUGUGUUUAUAAGUCACAUUGGGACAGUACGGUCUGAAGACGAACUGUUGUCAGGGUGUGUUCAUGUCGGAAAACUGUUUCCAUGGCGAUGCAUCGUGUCCGAGGACACGACAGAAGACGAGGAAAUCCCGUCAAAGCGUCGGAUCUUUGUAGUUUUGCUUCCUGAUGUGUUCACGUGAAGUUUUGGACCGCGCACAACUGAACUUUCAGGCAUUAAUACAGGUUAUGAAUCGGAGAUAAUAAAGGUACAUACAAUGCGUCUGUCAAUAAAAUGAAGGAUUUAGCUUUUUUAACUCCCUAAUACUUUGACAUUUGAGUAUUUUUGCACUGAGCAUUACAAUGAAUUAGAAGAGCCUUUUCUCCCUCUGAGCUGUUUUCGCGAGUUUAAAAUCUUGACUGAUUAUAGUGUUUUUGUUGGACCCUGCUGUUCAGAAGGAGUUAAAGACUGAAUGUCAUUUGCUGUAUUUCAUUUAUCAGAUGUUUUUUUUUUUUUUUUAAAUUCAAGGCUGCGUUCACAGUUUAAGUUAUUUUUCCUGAUGUUGCACAGUCUGCGUGUGUUCUCAUGCAGAUUUGGAAAGAAGUCGAGUUUUGAACAGCUUUGCCAAAAAAAAAAAAAAAAAGAAAAGAAAAAAAAUGUGAUAAGACUGGAUGAUUG